AAGUCUUUUUCAACUUCAUCAGCUCGCAAAGCUGACCUUGCAAGACUUGUUCUUGUUGGCAACCUCGUCCGAGAGCCAGAUGUUCGGGUGACUAAGACCGAAAAAGAAUACGUGGUGUACACUGUUGCAACUCAAAACUACCCUCCCCCACCCGCCGACGCCAACGGAGAACGCCGCCCCUCAACUGCAACCUUUCACAAGAUUUUAUCUUUCCAAGAUGGCACCAACAAGUACCUUCGGACACUCAAGAAAGGGUCGAAGGUUUUUGUGGAGGCUAAUUUCGAACUACGGGAGCCUGAACCUGGC